AUGGUAAGUUAUAGAGAUCAAAUUGUUAAUCUAAGAGAGGAGAUUUAUACUCUCCAAAGGAAAAUCAGAAGUCAAGCAGGAGAAUGCAGUUCUCUUUUUGACGAAGAAGAAAUGUUAUACCUCGAAAUAACUUAUCUUGUCGACCAAGCCAUAAGUGAGGGUUUGGAAUCUUCUGAAAUUGAAGAAAUAAAGGGAAUUUUAGCAGAAGUCAAAGCAUCCCGCCAGACUAUUCCCUUACAAAAACUCAACCAAUUAAAAGAUAAGCAAGCAAAAACUGCUAAUGAUCUACUAAUCAGCGAACAAAACUACAAGCAAUUAAAUACCGAUUACCAAGAAUUAAGGAGAUUACAACAGGAAAUUUUAGCCAAAGUUAAGCAUUUGCAAGAAGAUUUAAAAAAAACUACAAUCCAUAAAGAACAUGCCGAAAAAGAAUUGGCAGAAGUGCGAAGUAAACUAGAUUGUACCAAUGCCAUACUUAAUAAACCCAAGCCGGUCAUGGUAGAGGUAGGAACUCAAACCGACCUAACAGCCAAACAAAUCACCCAAAUGGAGCUUGAUAUCACUAAAUAUCAGCAAAACAUCCAAAAAGAAAAAAAUAAAGUCAAUGGUUUAUAUACCAAACUAUCCAAUUUAAGACAAGAGAUAAAAGAUUUACAAGACCAAACCAAACUUAAUCCCGCCGAACAAGAAUUAUCAAAAUAUGGAAAAGAAAAUAAGGAGCAAUUAGAAAAGAGGAAUAAAGAGUUGGAAGAGAAAUUGAAAGAAGGGGAUUUGAAUGAUAAGGAAAAAGAAUUAAUAGGUCAUCUCAAAGAAGAAAAAGAUUGGAAAAUUCGUAAGAAAUUUAUUCAAAUAUGCCAAUCAGAAAUAGAAAAAAAGGAGCAAGAGCAAACUAUCACAGAUUUAACCAAAAAAAAGAAUGAAUUACAAACCCAAUUAGACCUAGCCACAAAAACCAAGGAGGAAUUGGCUGAGGAAUUAGCAUUAGAAAAAGGGUGGUGGGAUAAGUGGUUAAAUGAUAGCGAUAAAAAACGUUGGGGGGAUGAUUCAGCAAAUCGUCCUAACAACGAAGAAAUGAAUUUUGGUUUCCUUGCAAAAAAACCAGUCCCUUUCGAACCUUCUUCUGACUUCCCUGGAUUCGAAAAAAUUGGAGUUAGUUUUUCAAAAAGAGAUACUUUAAUUG